GGUCUUGGUAGUGUCUCGGCGCGCGAGAGCUUUCUUCAGCAAUUAUUUCUCCAUCCUCAGCCUUCCCGCCUUCGCCCAUCUGCCAUCACAACCGCAACUUCCCAGCCCGGUGCGCACCUUCUAUUCGAGUGCGGUGUUUUCUACCACCCAUUUCCUCCUGCUUAGGCUGGCCCGACUUCCCCAUCUACUUGCGUCUUUUCCAUCGUCGCAAUCAUGACUGAGGUCUCAGCUACGCGAUUGUACCUGGGCAACCUGCCCAAGAACGUCACCAAGACUGACGUUGAGAACCAUUUCGCGACCCAUGGCACUGGUGAAAUUACUGAGAUCAAGCUCAUGAAUGGCUUCGGCUUCAUCGAAUACAAGGACGCGAUGGACGCGCGCGAUGUUGUUCCUGCCUUCCAUGGAUCUGAUUUUAUGGGCGAACGCCUGACGGUUCAAUUUGCCAGAGGCUCUCGUCACCGGGAAGGCUUCGGCAAUCACGAGCGAACCGCACCUCGUCCUCGUCGCACCCCCUAUCGCAUGCAGAUCACUGGACUCCCCAAUGAUACCAGCUGGCAGGACCUCAAAGAUUUUGCGCGUCAAUCUAGCCUCGACGUUGUCUACUCGGAGACUGGGCGUGAAAGCAACGGUCGAGGCUUCGUUGAGUUCGAAACGGCGGCCGAUCUGAGAACUGCCGUGGAGAAGCUCGAUGGCCGCGAAUUCAAGGGACAGCGCGUGACCUGCGUUGCCGAUACCCAGCCCGACCCACCACCGCAUGAUUAUCGUCGAGGUGGUGGUGCCUACUGGUAACUUUCCACACCUUCCACCUACUUGGGUGCGCUCCCUUACCGUAUUUAGAUCGCCGAUUACCCGACGUCAAGCAACUGCAAGGAGGAAUCACAGUUUGACGAAAAGCUAAUUAAUUUGGAGAUGAAUCUCGAGUUGGAGGAUACCCCGCAGAAGUGC